UAAUACAUAUAAACGCUGUACAUGAAAUCUACAGUUGUGUUUGUUUAAAAUUUAGAAACUUUUUUUAAAAUUUAUUUUAUAGAAAAGCAAGUUAUUUUUAGGCUUAUUAAAUUCUUUCUUUAAUAACUAGCGCCAACGGUACUCCUGGAAAUCGGGAAUGUAGAUUAUGUGUAAUAUAUUAGCACACUUAAUUGAUUUAUAUUUAGUAAGACGGCAUUCUAAGUUAUUUAAGGUAAAAAUAUGAGAAACUAACUAAAGAAUUUAAACAGGAUGUGAUGAUGAUAAUAAUAAUAAUAAUAAUAAUGCGUGAUAUCCUAUCACGAAAUUGAAUGGACCGUACGUAUUUUUUUACUGGUUAGUGGUUAUCGAGAAUUUUUCCGUGUGUCGGUAAACAGUUCAAAUAUGCACGAGUACGACUGAUCGAUCAUCGAUCACAUACGUAUUUGACAACAAAAUGUUUCGAUACCAAUAACCACCGACCAAAAUCAAUGCUGUAGGCAGACACGUGCGUGUGUUUACAAAUGGUACACCACAUUUCAGCAGUUCAAAAAACUAUUGACGCAGUACAUUUUUUAGGCCGUGCCCGAAUUCGACCUGCAGUUGUGUUUUUGGGACCUUAGGGUAUAACUGUAAUCUGAGAGCAUUGCUGAAACUAAGCGGUGAAAACAAUAUUAAAACCAAUUGUAGGAAUAAUGCACACUAAGAAAAACUGAUUCCCUUCACCAUGAGGCGACGCCUCGCACGACGAGCCUGCAGAUCCGCACCAAGCUCAAAGUGCCUCGCGUGGGCUUGAUGCUGGUUGGUUGGGGUGGCAACAAUGGGUCGACGGUGACCGCUGCUCUCAUAGCCAAUAAGCACGGACUCACUUGGGAAACCAAGGAGGGUACACGCUCCGCAAACUGGUACGGGUCCCUGACGCAGUCGUCGACUGUGCGCCUGGGCUCCGGCCCCACGGGGGAGGACGUCUACGUCCCGCUGUGCGACCUGCUGCCCAUGGUCAGCCCCGAUGACCUGGUCGUGGACGGCUGGGACAUCAGCAGCGCCAACCUUGCGGACGCCAUGGCCCGGGCCAAAGUGCUCGACUGGAACCUGCAGCAGAAGCUCCGGCCCUUCAUGGUCAACAUGAAGCCUCGUCCCUCCAUUUACGACCCGGACUUCAUUGCUGCCAAUCAGGGAUCCCGGGCCGACCACGUGAUCCGCGGCAGCAAGUGGCAGCAGGUGGAGCAGCUCCGACAGGACAUCAAGGACUUCAAGAAGUCCCGGGACCUGGACCAGGUGAUCAUGCUGUGGACAGCCAGCACGGAGCGCUUCUGCGACGUCCUGCCGGGCCUCAACGACACGGCUGACAGCCUGCUCGCGGCCAUCAAGGCCAAUGCCAGCGAAGUGUCCCCGUCGACGCUGUUUGCCGUUGCCGCCAUCUUGGAAGGGUGCACCUACAUCAACGGCUCGCCCCAGAACACCUUCGUCCCGGGCUGCCUGGAGCUGGCGGAGAGGCACGGCGCCUUCAUCGCGGGCGACGACUUCAAGUCGGGCCAGACCAAGCUCAAGUCGGUGCUGGUGGACUUCCUGGUGUCGGCGGGCAUCAAGCCCGUCUCCAUCGUCAGCUACAACCACCUGGGCAACAACGACGGCAAGAACCUGUCCUCCGCGAAGCAGUUCCGCUCCAAGGAGAUAUCCAAGAGUAAUGUUGUGGAUGACAUGGUGGAAUCAAACAGGAUAUUAUAUGCCCCCGGAGAGAAACCAGACCACUGCGUUGUCAUCAAGUAUGUUCCUUAUGUUGGGGACAGCAAGCGGGCCAUGGACGAGUACACGUCGGAGAUCUUGAUGGGGGGCCACAACACCCUCGUGGUGCACAACACCUGCGAGGACUCGCUCCUGGCCUCCCCCAUCAUCCUGGACCUGGCGCUGCUGGCCGAGCUGUGCCGGAGGAUACAGUUCCGGUCCCUGGACGAGCCGGGCGCCGGCUUCUGCAGCUUCCACCCGGUGCUCUCGCUGCUCAGCUACCUCUCCAAGGCGCCGCUGGUCCCUCCUGGCACGCCGGUGGUGAACGCCCUCGCGAAGCAGCGGGCGUGCGUGGAGAACGUGCUGAAGGCGUGCCUGGGGCUGCAGCCGGAAAACAACAUGCUGCUGGAACACAAGCUGGAGCGGCCCCUGAUGACGGGCCAGGCGGCGCCCGGCACCAAGGGGGCGUCCAAGGUCAACGGUCUGGUCGGCCGCCCGGUGCAGAACGGCGCCGUCAAGGCCUGAAGCCGUGUCGGCGUUCCUCUUAUUUCAAUGUGACUUUUGUUUGUGUCUUAAAGGUGCAUUUAUUUUCAUAACGUACGCAUGAGCUCUCCUGGCGGUGGUAGCAUAGUGGUAACAACACAGGAAGGUAUCACAUUGUUGUGCCUAACACGCCAGCCUCCUUGAUUAACUGAAAUCUGUAAACCAUGUGGUAAGUUUGACUACGGAAAUCUGGUGUCUACACUUACCUGAAGAGAUCCAAGAAGAUCGAAACAUGGAUGCUUACAUUUCUGAAACCUUGAGCAGCCUCACGGUAUAGGUACAGAAAUCUGGGUAGUAAAACCACGUUCCCAUUGCUCAAGGUUUCAGAAAUGUAAGCAUCCGUGUUUCGAUCUUCUUGGAUCUCUUCAGGUAAGUGUAGACUACAGAUUUCAGUAGUCAAACUUACUACAUGGUUUACAGAUUUCAGUAAAUCAAGAGGCUGGCGUGUUAGGCACAACAAUGUUAUACCUUUAAUCAUACAGCUAGAGAAUUACCACUUUAGGACAUAGGAAGUUGUCUGAAGUAAGAUUACUGGGAUAACAACUACCUUCAUCAUGCUUAAUGGAGAUUUCCAUUAAUGUGUUGACCACUUAUGCUACUAGACCAUUACACAUGUAUUCCAAAAAUUAUUUUACUGUUCAUUCAGAAACUAUUAAAAGAAACAGAGUAUAGCAAUAUUUUUGAUGUUUUGUGUUACGUACUAAAGUCCCAUUGAUUUUCUAGUGAAUAUUAAAAAUUUUGAAAAAUUUAAUACUUUACAUUGAAUGUGAAAUGUUUUUUGGACACAAACAGUUCUGUAACAUGUGGCAAAACACAAGUUCUGUAUGUUACAAUGAAUCUCUUGAAAUAAACUGUUACAAGUAAGUCAGUUUAACUUCCCACAUUUCAUUUGUUAUGUCUGUUCAAACAUAGUUAUUUUAGGCCCAUGGAAUUAUUUCCUGGACAACUUUUACUAUCUGGAACAAGAAUAUAUAUUCACAAAUAUUGGUAAUUUUUAAUACUUGCACAUGCCUAGAUGCACUUAAUGAAUAGAGCUUCGAGGCAUAGGUAUUAAGUGUUGAAACUUUGUAUAAGGAGUAGUAACUAAUUAUAAACACAUGCAGUAUUAUAUUUAGAUGUCGACGAAACUUAAUUCAAAAUUUUUAGUUCUUAGGACAGUAAUUGUUAUGUAUAUUUUUCUUUUGUUAUAUAACAAGUCAGGCCAUCAUGGAGCAGAUUUUUUUUUUAAAGUCAGUUAUUGUUUGACAACUGAGUAAUCAUUAAAGUUGGUGUCAGCUUGUGAAAAUUGUUUUGAAGUGAUGGAAACAUUAGACACAAACCAUCAUUUAGUCUAACAUUUUUUUAAUUUUUUUUUAAUGAUGGUUCUUCAUUUAAAAGAAUAAGAAAAUAUAUUUCAGACUUAAAUUUUCAACUUCUCUACUUUGGCAUGGCUUUGUGAUCAACUGAUGAAUUAGGCUUUACUGGCUUAUUUCAACAUUUGUAUCCAAAUGUUUUUUUUUCCCAACAAAUUUUGAAUAAAGGAAUUUUCUCCAAAUUCUGACUGAUAAAUGUUUCCAUAAUCUAUCUGUGAUACAUGAAGAAAUGAAGCUAAAGAGUUUCGAACUGUACAGGUUGUGUGCGCAGGGUUGGAUGUGUUUGUUAAAAAUGGUGUUUAAUCUGAAACCCAUAGACAAAUAUUUCUUGUCUGAAUAGCUCUGUGGAACAUGCAGUGCUGUUUUAAAAGUGAAGGAAUAAAAGUAUUCUUAUUUAAUUAUAUUUUGUAAAUGAUAAUACUGAAGCUAUGCCUUAAGUUAUUUGACGCAUUCAUCAAAUUGAUGCGGUAAAAUUUAUGCCAGCAAAUAUAGCAAAUCAUGACUUGGUAGUUCAAUUUUCUCACAUUCGUACUUAAUGUUCUGCAUUUUGAACAUUCAACCACCUAAGUCAAGUGUUGCACACUUAUGUUUUCCACAGUGUGGAUUUUUUCUGUUCGUUCCUCUGUUCGUAAAGCUGUCAUAAUUUGUGUGCGUUUUGUGUUGUCAAAGUAGAAACACUGAAUGUUGGAUGAAAAUGUUCAUGGGAUGACGAAAAAAAAAAAAAAAAAAAAACUGAAAAGACUGGCAUGUAUCAGAAUUUGUAAUUGCAUUAUUUUGGAAAUAAAGCAAAUGUAAUA